AUCAUCAUGGCCGGUCUUCGUGCUAUGUCCGGUAUGUCCCUGUACUCUAUGCCCUCUAUGGGCUCCAGACGGGGCACAAGUGUCUAUGGCGGGGCAGGUGGAAAAAACGUCCGGAUUUCCUACGCCUCCGACGGCAUUGGCGGUGGGUUUGACUUGGCAGGGGCGCUUGGAAGUGGCGGAAGCAGUAUGUCCACCGCCGGCGGCGAAAAACAGACCAUGCAGAACCUGAACGAUCGUCUGGCUGUUUACCUGGACAAGGUGCGCUCUUUGGAGGCAGCAAAUGCGCAGCUGGAGCGUCAAAUCCGCGAGUGGUACGCCAAGCAGACUCCACAGGUCAGGGACUACAGCAAGUAUGAGAAGAUCAUCGAUGACCUGCGCAGAAAGGUUUGAUUUUUUUUUUAUCUCAAAAAACACGAAACAUUAUUCAGCAUGACUUCUCUGCAAAACUAAGCUCAGAGUGAUCCCAAUAAUACUUUCACGGAAAAUUGUUUAGCCCUAUUUCCAAAGUCUAACUUAACUAACCAGCUUUAUUUGGUUAUAUUUAUCAUUUCGGUGUGCUCAGAUUCUCUUGGUCAAAAUUUGCCCAGAUAAUGAGGAAACACCUUUUUGAAUUCCUUUUGAAAUAUCGUAAAAACAUCACAAUGUGCUUUGUGUGUGAAGUUAAAACUUCACCUGACAUAACCCAAGUAUCAAGGAAGUCGAAGUCUCUCUAUUACAGUAAACCUUAUAUUUUAUUACUUAAUCCCCACUAUUAAAAGUCCUCAUAAACACACUUAGUUUGCUGACUUGGUCUAUAAAGUCAUGUCAGUGGUUUACUUAUGUCAUGUGCCCUCAGGGUGUGGAUAAGCAAACACAUGACACUCAGCUCUCAUUGGUCAUAAAGAAAGGUACUGACCUCUGUAAGACUGAAGUUUUUAAGUCUAGCUCUCCCAAUUGUUCUUAUUUUUGGUAUCUGCCUUCCAUCAACAAUCACUGCCAGGUAUUGAAAACUGAUAUUUGAUUAAAAAAGCACAGUCUACAUUCAUUGACAUGUAUAUGAUUUUGAUUUAUUUGGGAUCCCCAUUAGCUAUAUGAUAUUGUGGAUAAGGAUGACCUGACCUGAUGAUGCUUAACCCUUUUUUAGAUCAGUGCUGCUGCGCUGGACAAUGCCAGGCUGAUGCUGCAGAUCGACAAUGCCAGGCUGGCAGCAGAGGACUUUAAGAUCAAGUGAGUGGAGAAGUUACAUCAAAAGCUUUCAGCCUUGUGUGGUUAAUAAGUAAUUACUAUGAAUAACAUUAGAGCCAUCACAUGUUUGCUCAGUGUUUCCAGAAUGAGCUGGCACUUUGUCAUGGGGGUGUAACGGUCAACACAAUGAUUAAACUGGUGGAACCAGUUUUGACUCCACUUUUUGUUUUGUUUUGUUUGUUGGUGGUAACACAACUUAAGCAGACAAAGCAACAUGAACCUUUGCUCUUUUUUCUGGACAGGUAUGAAAAUGAGCUGGCAGUGCGCACUUCUGUGGAGGGAGACAUCCUCGGACUGCGCAAGGUCCUGGAUGACCUGACCAUGUCUAGAUCUGACCUGGAGAUGCAGGUGGAGGGUCUGAGGGAGGAGCUGGUUUACCUUAAGAAAAAUCAUGAAGAGGUGAGCGUAACAGGAAUACCUUCACUGCCCAAGUCCAUAAAAUAUGUUUCAAAAUUUACACUUUUCCUAAGUGGUUUACUGCCAAUAAUGGAAAAACCACCCUAAAACUCAGUGCCCAGUCCUCUUUUCUUUAGAUAUACAACUAAAAAUAAAAAAGCUUCAACUUAAAAGUCUUUGUCAUGCUUCAGUAAGAGAGAACUGGAUGUCAAAGCCACAUUGAUCCUUUUAAUUGGACAAUUAGUCAAGUAUCUGGCGAGAGGCCUAGAGGAAUAAAAUCUAAAGCUUAUACAAACAUCAGGUAUUACAAAACUAGUUUGGAUUGUCUGCCAUGCCUUCAAGUUGUGUAUAUCAAGGUAGGCACUGCUGGCAGCACCUCUUAAAUGACUCAUAGAAAAUCAUCUGACAGCAUGACAUUGUGGUUAAUAGUAAAUGAAUUUAUAAUCAGUUUACUCACUAAGAGGCGAAAGAUGCUCAACGAUAAACAUGCUUUAUUUGUUUUUCGGAAAUCUCAUUACUGUAAAACUUCUAAUAGAAGUCUAUCCCAAAGAAAGGCAGGCAGGGUCUCUUUUGGAAGUUGGGUGUGGCUGCUUGUUUUGACAAAAAAAGGCAGGUAUGCAUCAGUUGGUAUAUGCUAGUUACUUAUCUGGUUGUCCAUGCCAUUAAGUGCUUGAUACUUUCCCUGUCACUGAAAUGCACCAUGUCACACCAAUUAGUGAUUUUUAAGCAAAUACAAGGAAAAAUAAAGUUGAAUUUCAAUUUCUAUCCAAGAAAGAUAGAACAGUUGAAGCAUCUGCAAGAGUGAACAAACACGUCAUUGAUUGGUGUCACAGUCUCCUGCAAGCUGAUCUAGAAAAAGGCUGAAGAAAUGUUCACCCCACUAAGUGACAAGAAGGACAGGGAGUACCCUCACUGCCUUUGUGAGCUCUAAAAAAUAGAAAUAUACACUGACAAAGACAAAAAACAUCUGCCCCCUGUUGACACCUGUCCUGACUUAAGACAGGGUGAAUUUAUAGAUUUAACAAAUAAAAGCCUGAGCUUCUAAUUAAAAUUUCACGGUUUUUGCAAUUAUUAGAAAGAUCCUGUCAAAAAGACAAUUCAAGGCAGUCAGGUGAAGCAGUCAUCUCACAAUAAUCAUUCAUUAUUGGUGCACUACCUAAGCUGUCCUUUGCAAACCACUAGGGGUCUGGCAGGCAGCAGAGCCCUUUCAGGAUUAAUGUGUAAAUUCAUCACACUUAAGAUACAUGGUUGGCUUGUACUCUUUGUGAAGUUUCUUCUUGGGAUUUAUUUUUGACAUUACCUGACUUUUACCCUCUCCUCCUGUCUGUAGGAACUUGCAGCCUUGCGCAGCCAAAGCUCCAGCAAUGUGAAUGUGGAAGUGGAUGCCAGACCUCAAGAUGACCUGACCAAAGUCUUGGAUGGCAUCAGAUCUCAGUACGAGGGUAUUACUGACAAGAACCGUAAGGAAAUGGAGAACUGGUACAAAGGCAAGGUGAGGGGAACCAAAUGGUAUAUGUUCAUUCCACAUUUGCAUGUAACUGGCGAUGUUUCCUUCAUAUCAAGUGACAACCAAAUUCACAAUUCAACCAUAUAUUCUGUCUUUUAGUUUGAUGAACUGAACAAGCAGAUAUCAACCAACACGGAGACCCUCCAGACCUCCAAGAGCGAGAUCAGUGAGCUGAGAAGGACCCUGCAGGCCCUGCAGAUUGAGCUGCAGUCCCAGCUCAGCCUGGUAAUUCAAACCCUUACUGCAAGGAAAAUGAUUUUCACUGAGCUUUUUUCAAACCUGUUUUACUUCUCAACAUGAAUACCACUGUAACAUGUUUGACUGCAGACACGAAGAAUAGCAUUGAAGACAGUAAAUCUGUCCUUCAUCUUCAGUCAGUGCUGCCGCACUUUUUAACCUGAGGCUUUUCUAAUCAGAGGCAGAAAAAAAGUAGUUUAACCCUUGCCUCUCCUGUUUUUUUUCUCCCUUUAAAGAAAUCUGCCUUGGAGGAGCAGCUUGGAGAAACAGAGUCCCGCUACAGCCUGCAGCUGAACCAGCUCCAGGCCAUGGUCAACAGCCUGGAGAAUGAGCUCAGCCAGGUGAGGAUGGAUAUUGCAAGACAGUCCCAAGAAUACCAGACGCUCCUCGACAUCAAGACCAGACUGGAGUUGGAGAUCGCUGAGUACAGAAGACUGCUUGAUGGAGGCGAUGUGAAGUAAGGGAGACAUUUGUUACAAGAUAACCCGCUAAAAUCAGUAGAUUCAGCUCUUAUAUCAAGACAAAACCCGUCUUAGAAUAAACUGUUGUUUUCUCACUUACAGUAAAAGAAGGUCAAUACCAUUACUUUACAACUAUCAUGCUUAUUUUCAGCUUAAUUUAGCAUGAUGAUGAAAAAAGGAGUAAAAAGAUUGUUUUGACUGGUGCGAAUUCACACGUUAAACAAACAGCACUCUAAAGGAGUGGUAUGCAUCAAUUUUUGAUCUUUCAGGCAAUUCAUUAAAUAACACUAUUUUUAUUUUUGCAAACAAAGCUCAUUAGCUAGCAGCUGCUGUUUCAUAAUUAUCGUUAGUUUAGCCCGGUCUUAGUUGUAAAGUGGCCGAGGAUGUUUUCAAGUUGCUGAAUUUUGUUCUUCUUUGUUGAAUGCCACAAAAAUAACUGUCGUCUCCCUCUUCAGGCAAACUUCUUCUAUGACAACUUACACCAAAAAAGAAGAAAUCGUGAAACGUAAGUUUAUACCAAUACUGUAUUUUUAAAAGUUUCUGUUCUCUGCAUGAAUGAAAGGCCCAAUAUUUCCUCUUAUUUGUUUUGCAGCUAAACCAGUCGUAACCCAGAGGAGGAAAGUGGUGAUUGAGGAGAUCGUUGAUGGAAAAGUGGUGUCCCGCACGGUGGAUGAGGACACGGAGAUUGUCAAAAGUUAGACGGACUGGAUCCCAAAAGAUCUAAAAAAAGAAAAAAGGGGCCCUUCUAUUUUUUCUGUUUCUAAUGAACGCCUGAUGUUCCUCUUUUCUGGAGUCUAAGGUCAGCCAGGGAGAAUAUGUUGUGUUGUCAUUCCACUCAGGUCAAGUAUAGAAUAUUUAUUUCUCUAAAUCUGUCUGAGGUGCUAAUAAUAUUAUGUUUUAAUAAAACAAAAAUCUAUUUUCAAAAAGUUCAAAAAGAAGUCGAUAUUCUGCCCCUGAACUGAUGGUUCAAGUUUGAUUCUACCCCACAUAUCCGAGUAAACAUUAUUCUUCCCUGAAUGCUUCCUGAAAUCCCACUUUAAUACACUAGGUGGCACUGUGAGUCCUGUGUAACAAGUAGAGAGUAAGGUCAAAGAUACAGUGCAAAGGUUUUAUUGCCUUAAACAUAACUACAGUGGCCUUUGUCUCUGAGUUAAAACACACCUCUCAUAAACCAUCCUGUGUUCUGCUGUGAAAGGGAUCAUUAGAUCUUUGUUUUUGUUGAUUUUCUAUAGAAAAUAAACAAGUGUCCUCCACCUG